AUGCCGCCACCAUACAAUUUAAGAUUCUAUAGAGUCCCCAAGGUGUUCCAUGAGCAUGGCAUCCUCUUCGGCUACCGGCACCCGCAGAGUUCAGCCACUGCCUGUCUCCUCAGCCUUUUCCAGAUGACCAAUGAGACCCUCAACAUCUGGACUCACUUGCUGCCCUUCUGGUUCUUCAUGUGGAGAUUUGUGACCUUGCUGUAUAUGACGGAUGUCCAGAAUGACAGCUACUCAUGGCCUCUGCUUGUGUACAUGGGCACCAGCUGUGUGUACCCCUUUGCAUCCAGCUGUGCACACACCUUCAGCUCUAUGUCCAAGAACGCCCGGCACAUCUGCUACUUCCUGGACUAUGGUGCCGUCAACCUCUUUGGCCUGGGCUCAGCCAUCGCCUACUCUGCGUACACCUUUCCCGACACACUGGUGCACACCACCUUCCGUGACUACUACGUGGCCCUGGCUGUGCUGAACACCAUCAUCAGCACCGGCCUCUCCUGCUACUCCAGGUUUCUUGAAAUCCAGAAGCCCAGGCUCUGCAAGAUUCUUCGCGUCCUCGCCUUUGCUUAUCCCUACACCUGGGACUCCUUCCCCAUCUUCUACCGACUGUUCCUGUUCCCAGGGGAAAGUGCACAGAACGAAGCCAGCAUGUACCAUCAGAAGCACAUGGCCAUGACCCUGCUGGCCUCAUUCUUCUACUCUGCACACCUGCCAGAGCGCCUGGCUCCAGGAUGCUUUGACUACAUCGGUCACAGUCAUCAGCUGUUUCACGUGUGCGUGAUCCUGGCCACACACAUGCAGAUGGAAGCCAUACUUCUGGACAAGACCUUGAGGAAGGAAUGGCUCCUGGCCUUCUCCCAGCCCCUUUCAUUCUUCCAGAUCUCUGGAGCCAUACUUCUGUGUGUCAUCUUCAGCCUCAUCAACAUCCUUUACUUCUCAGCUGCUCUGUACCGGAGUCCCGAGCCAGAAUCACAUACAAAAGAAACAUGA